AUGUCGAGAGAGAAGGAGACACGCCUUGUGGCGCUGGCUGCACCGAUGGGCUUCGACGCGUGCCGACUGCGUGCCAAGCAUCCAGGCGGUGCCAGUCGCGAUAACAGACGCGUCCCGUUCUCGACUCCAUCCUGUCGCACGCGUUUUUUCGUUAAUGAACGCGAGCAACCGCCGGCGCCUAUUGGCCCAAACGCUGCAGCUCUGCAGUGGCGCUCCUCGGCCCAUGUCCGAUCCCAUCUCCGCAUGACGCAGCGCCAAGUUCGGGCUCCGCGAUCCACGUUCUUUCUUGCUCCCUCGCUCUUCGAUGGGCCUUGGCUUGGCUGUUGCGCAGAUCUCUUGCCUCCGUCGACGCGUCAGAUUCCAUAUGCUUCCGCAGCAGGCGAGGCCGUUCGGCCAGUCCAACUCGAUCUCCCCGAGUGCCCCUCGAUCGAACUCCAAGUCGCCGCCUAA